CAGUGACAUUCCAAAAUCUGGUGUUUAAUUAGCAUUUGAUCAGAAUUUGUUGAGAAACAAAAGAAGAGGAGAGAAAAAUGGGAGACAGCACAAUGACAUGCGUAGACAUUCUUUUGGCAAUCAUCUUGCCUCCCCUUGGUGUUUUCCUCAAGUUUGGUUGCAAGGUGGAGUUCUGGAUCUGUGUUUUGUUGACUCUCUUUGGAUGGCUACCUGGUAUUAUCUACGCUGUUUGGGUCCUCACCAAGUGAUCAUCAUCCUAUGGUGGAUAUGUGAAGCCUAUUGCUUAAGUCUCUUUAUUUCCCCUAAUGGAGUAUCUAGCUGUUGUUUUGAUUUAUUCUUGGAUAGUUCUGAUGGUGUAUUUCUUCUAAGUUUAUCCCCUCCUUUUCCUUUUCUUUUUCUUUUGAUUGGUUAUUCUCUCUUGUGUAUUCCAUUAGAGAAAUUUGGAUAGAGUGUUGAUGAAGAUAUUUAUCGUGUUUCGUUACAUUGGUUGUAAGUCCUUUGGAUUAACGUAAUGUGACUUUCAUUCUGUUAUUUUAA